GACUUUUAAAUCCCCUCAAGGACAAACGCAACAGCAACAACAGAGCUUCACAAAUCUCUCCCAUGGCUAAACUCACUCUGUAAAAGAAAAAAAAAAACCCCCGAAGGUAAAGGAAUCUUACCGAAGAAGUUAACAAUGGCGGAGGCGGAGAGACCCCAUCGAUCUUCAAGCCUUAACAGCAGCAACAACAACACCACCACUGACCUCUUUAUCUGCUUCACCUCUCGCCUCUCUUCUUCUUCCUCCAUGAGACUCUCUUCCAAGUCCAUCCUCAGCCCCGCUCGCUCCGCCUCCCUCACAUCCUCCAUCAGUCGUCGCCUCCGCAGUAGCGGUAGCUUGAAGAGAGGAGUUCUAGCCUCGCCGAUGUUCGGCGCCAGUGGCCGGAAGAGAUCUGGAUCUGGCUACGACAACAAUCCCGAGCCGUCGUCUCCGAAGGUGACGUGCAUCGGUCAGGUUAGAGUUAAGACGAGGAAGCAUGUGAAGAAGAAGAUGAGAGCGAGAUCUAGGAGGAAAGGUGAGACGAGCUUCCGGAGAUCCUCGGAACAGAACGACGGCGCCGGAGGAUGCCGCUUCGACGCGAGCGAGAACCGGUGGGUGCAUUUUCCGGUGACGAUCUGCGAGUCUCUCAGGGCGUUCGGUUCCGACUUCAACUGCUUCUCCUCCUGCAGAUCCUCGUGUACGGACGACGGCCACCGCAGGGAUCGAGACGGAAGGCGGCCAAUGAACGACGGAUGUGGCGGCGGAAGCUCCUGCGGCGCGGUGUUCACUCGGUGGUUCGUGGCGGUGGAAGAGACGGGAGGGAAGAGAAGGGAGAUAGAACUUGUUGUAGGCGGAGAAGACGAAGUGGAGCACAACGAACGGCGGAGGAGUCGCCGGAGGCACGUGUUCGAGGGGCUCGACUUCAGUGAGUUAGAUGUGAAGACGGAGAAGAAAGAGAAAGGAGAAGAUGCCGGUCGGAUCGGCAUCUGCGCUCCGCCGACGAACGCAUUGCUGCUGAUGCGGUGCAGAUCCGAUCCAGUGAAGGUGGCGGCGCUCGCGAGCAGAGUCCGAGAAACGCAAAUGUCUCUGAACGACGGCGCGGAAGCGGAAGAAGAUGACAAUGGUGCAGCAGUAGAUGAAGUUGACGAGAGAAGAAGGAUUGAGCUGGAAAUGGAAGACAAGAAGCGAAUCGAGAUUUGCGAGAAAUGGAUUUCCGGCAAGAUGAUUCCGGAGAUUGAAAUCGUAGAAGAAGCAGAAUCCACACUGGUCUCACGAGGGGAGGAAGAAGCAAAAGUCAUGGAAGAUUCGGUCGAUGAAGGGCAAGAGUCAAAAGCCCUAGAAGACUCGUGUGAGGACGAAAUGGAAGCAACGUUCAUGAGAAACAUCGAAGAUGAUAUCAUGAACGCGUUAGAAGAAGACGAACAGCCGCCGGUGAAUACAGAUUUGACGGCGGCGGCAGAGGGAAAGAAGGAAGAGAGGGAAGAAGAAGACAAAGACAUUGUUGCUUCUGGAACUCAAAACGAAGAAAGAUCUGAAUCCGAAGACCCAGACAACCCGGAUAGACCGGAACUCGACCCGAAUCCGGCUCCGCAGAAGAGAGGAAAUCCACCGGAGGCGACGGAGAAGGAAACGACGCCGUACAAGGUGUUACCGGAUUGUCUGCUUCUGAUGAUGUGUGAACCGAAGUUAUCAAUGGAAGUUUCAAAGGAGACUUGGGUUUGCAGUACGGAUUUCGUCAGAGGGUUGCCGGAGCGACCGCCGGUGAAGAAAUCCAACGGCGGAGGGGGAAGAGACGAACCCAAGAAGCGAACCGCCCCCGCCGCCGAGUCCCUUACGUCUUCUCGCCGGCGCUCUACCGAUAAACCCGUAGUGAACCCGGUGCUGUUGCAGCCACCGCGGUCGUCCUGCUCGUACCCGGCGGCUCCUCCGGCGAUUGUAUCGGCGGUGAAGGCGACGGCGGAGGAGCAUAAAUUCGCCGGAGCUUCUAACAAGGCGUACGAGCCGCCGGUUCUUCCACGGUGCAAGUCGGAGCCGAGGAGAUCAGCGUCAAAGCUUGCGCCGGAGGCUUGUUUCUGGAAGAAUCGGAAGCUCGAGCCUCAUCCUCCGGCCACCGUAGGAGUCGGCGCGGCCGGAGUAGGGUUCUAGAACCGAAAUUUAAAAAAAAUCUGAGGUGAAAUGGUAAUUUUCAAUUUAAUGCAUAUCCUUGUUUGUAAAUUUUGUUUUCAUGGUUACUUCUUCUUCUAGGGUUUGCCAUAAUUCUUUUUUUGGAAUUUUCUGCAUUGUUUUCUUGAUCUGGUUUAUUGUCGAAUUUUGUCUGUCAGUCGAAUGUCCUUUUCUUUUUUCUGUAGAAUAGCAAUAAUAAAAGGAUAAUCGCGUUUAGUACUCGACCAAAAUGCAAUAAAUAAACGGUCCACGUUUUCGAAAUUA